AAGGAAAAAAGUUCGCUAGCUACACUAAGUUUACUAUAAUAUGGUGAAAACUAUCUAAUGUAAGAAUGUGUCAACAACUACACGAAGUUUAUAUUAAUACAUGUUACAUGUAUGAAGUAAAUAAUAAUAUGGUGGCAACAUCACAAUCGUGUUUAAUUGAUUUUAAGUUAAGUUAAUAAGGUCAAUCCGUAAUUUACUAAAUUUAAUAAAUUUAAUGACACCUUUGCGUGACUGACUCCAUACUGCUCAUGUUUUCCAUCAAAUCCAUCUAGUACUUUUGCUAAUUAAUUGCUCUCUGUAUUUCUCAAUCACAUAAGAUUUUUUUUUGUGAGAAAUACAGAGAGCAAUUAAUUAGCAAAAGUACUAGAUGGAUUUGAUGGAAAACAUGAGCAGUAUGGGGUCAGUCACGCAUGCGAGCUAGCUUGGCUAAUAAAAUCAAAGUCUAGACUCUUGACGUCGAGAGUGUCAUCAAGGUUAUUCGAGAGACUUGACAUCGAGAUCGGCAAUCUCCAGCCUCCAUGAGUCAUUUAUCUGCAUGAGAAGAAGAUUUGCAAACAUUUUUAAGAAAAUAAUGUACAUUACUCACUUACCUGCUUCAUGAAUUCAAGACCUUCAUGCAUCAAUUUGCAUCUAUUGAUGGCCACACAAAAAGAAAAGAAUAUUUGUUUGUGGCCAUGUUUUUAGAUAUAUACAUUCUCUUUUAUUAUGAGUAGUAAUUGAAACAUAACAAAACAUGAAAUGAAUCCAGGAACUAACUAGUGUCUACUUCGACUAGCUAUAGAUCCAAGAGCUUCAUUUUUACUAAAAAUGUAAAAUGUAGUUAACCCAAAAUAAAUUUAGAUAAAAUACUGGCACGAAAGAAUUACCGGGCAAAUCUCCUUUGGCAGAGAGUUUAUACCACAAACAUAAAUGCAUAUGCAAGAAUGGAGUAAUAGUUUCCUGCCAAAGGAGAUCUUGCCCUGUAAUGCAUUUGCACCUUUCUUUAUAUAUCUUUCAGCUCUAAACUAAUUGUUCGUAUUGUGUUUAUAUAUAACAUGCAAGAAGCAUAUUCAGUGGCACUAUCCUUCUGAUCUAGAAUAUAAUCUCACAUACGUACGCAUAUAUAAUUGUCUAUUAAAGAAUAUUCCCCCCAUAUUUUACGGUCAUCAGAGCAUUGAGUCUCUAGAGUUGUGUUCUACUUUACUUGAUAAUUUAUUUAUAACUUUAUGAUAUUAAGCUAUUUUGAUACAGCCCAAAAUCUAAUAGGUUUUGUAAUAAAUCAAUGGGAUACCUAUCAUUAAGAAACUAUAUAGACUCGAAUUGGGAAAUGACCAAGAUGGCGUAUUAAAACUGUAUAACUAUUUAUGUAGAAAAAAAGCAUUAUAAGCAAAAGCAUUAUCAAAGGCUGAUUUCAUGUCUAGACAAACAUGUACCUAACAUUCCAGAAUUUAAGAUUUUAAAAGAAGACUUUUCAAGCCUUUAUAUUUUUCUAAAAAAAAAAAUUGAAUGAAUUUUUGUUACUAUUUGGUUUUGUGGUGUGUGGGGAUUGGGGUGGGGGGGGGGGGGGGGGGGGGGGAAGAGUUUAGCUUUUAAUACUUUAUUAACUAAGAUGGUUAAUUCUAGAAAAUAAUGUUUUGAAUUACCAAAAGGUUUGACAAGGACAACUACUAAAAGUUUAAUAUUUAGAUUAACUAUAAACUGAUUCUUUUAGAAAUGGAAGAUCCAUGGUAUUGUACUCUCCAGGUUUUUAUAUUCAAAACCCACAAACUUUUUGUUUUAUUUUCUUUUGUUGGUAGUGUUAAACUUAAAACAUUAGAUUCUUUUCGAAAUAUACGUUCCAAAUCACAUAUAUAUGGUAUAUGAUAGGAGAAUGUUUCUUUCUCAAAAUUGUCUAAUUUUCUACUUGUAUUUUCAAAAAUUUAAUGUUUAAAACCUAUCAACUCCUUUAGGUUUAAUGUUUAGAACAAAUCAACACUCUAGCUAGGUUUUGAGAAAUGAGAAAUGAGAAAUAAGUGUUUCUCCUUCUCUCUGUAAAGCAACCUUCAAGUUAGAAAUAUCACACGAAAAUUAGAUACUAACUUGUCAAUUGUAGUACACCUUCACAGUUAGACAAUUUUCACUUAUCCAUAAGAAUAAUUAAGGAAAAGUAGAAAACUAAUGUACUAAUAUCCUCAGUAUGUUAAAAUAUUUGAGGAGUUAAGUCAAGUUUACCACUAAGAUAUAGAAUCCUACUUUUAUUAAUUAUCCCAUUAUAGUCUGUAGAAUAUAAAUUCCAAUACAUCAACAAAAUUUCAUCAUUUGUUUAUACCCAAUUCUUGUUCCACCUUUAUAGAUUUUACGAUUUGGCUUUAGAAAAGUCAAAGAUAAAAGUUAUAUGCCUCAUGCAGCAUAUUCAUUCAGUAAUCAGUAUAUCCAACUACAACAAAUUGACAUUAGCUUGCAUGCUAUUGUACUUGAUCAUUAGGUAUUUGACGAUGCACAUAUUUGCUUUUUUGAUAGUAUCUAAACAUUUGUUCUUUUUCCUUGUUAGCAAACUUUAUCACGAAAAAUGUUUCUAACUAGAAUAUGGCCAAAUAUAUAGUUAGUGGCAAUCACGUCUCCACAAAUCAAUCAUACCUAAAAAUCCUUGAACCAAUUUGUUAUGGUAACUCUAUUUCAAAAACAUGUUCGAUUCCUAUAUAUUUUAUGCAGGGCGUCUAAAACUUUAUAAAAAGCAUGCCCAUAACUAAUAUUAAAAAAAUCAUUUAAAAUAAUUAUUUUAGUUUUAAAAUUAUAUUGCCUAUAACAUUACUGUAACUAUAUUAUAAUUAUAUGAUUUAUGUGUUUUUUUGUCAAAACAUCGUUAUAAAAUCAGUUAGAUUUAUAUUUGCCUUGUAAUAUAAGAUAUAAGUAAUGAUUUUUUGUAGAGGAUUUGAUGAAGAAUAUGUAUAAUUUUCUCUCAGAAUUUAUUAAAAGACUAAUACAUAUAAUUUUUCUAAUUUAAUCAAAUUAAAAAUUUAAAUUUCUGAAUUAAUAUUAAAUAUUAGAGCACAUAUCGGAAUUUACUUUCCAAAGAGAUAUAAUUGAUAUUAAUGCUAAUUAUUUUUAGUUUAUUUCAUUUGGUUAUGUGAAAAAAUGUUUUGGUAAAUUAUCUUCACAUUUAGUGGUUAAUAAAUACGAGAAUUAAAUUUACAUAUAGUUAUUUUAAAUUUUUUGUUAUACAUUUAUGAAUUUGAAUCUAAACUUAUUAUAAAAAAAUAUUAAGGAUUUUGGGCUCUAUUGAUCGUUUACUCGCAGGUGCGUGCCCUGAUUUUAUAAUGAGAUUGUAAAAUCGGCAGAUUAAUCAUUUAGACUUGACUGUUGAACUUUGUUUUCGGAUUCUCUUUUGGGUUGAGAGCAUUCUUUGGCUACGUGUUGAAAGCCUCUAUCAAAGAGAUAAGGUUGUUUGUCCAAAAAAAAAAAAAGAGAUAAAGGUUGAAGCUAAUGGAAAGGAGCUGAUCGUUUAGAGUAGAUUCUUCGACAAUAUAGUUGUUGUGUCUACUACUACAUUGUUAGAAUGUAAAUGUAUGAUUUGAUUAAAAAUAUAUAUAAUAUACUACCUCAGUAAAUGAAAAAAAAAAACUAGGUUCUUUCUUAAUCUAUAUCAGUAACUUUUGUUGUCAACAACAUGGUUACAUGCAUUUCUAUAUGAAAGCUUCAGUAUGAAUGGUAAUAUAACAACGACUCUAACUUUAAAUCAUCAAAGUACUAGAUUUGGGAAAUGAAUAAAGGUAGGAAAAAAUUGCUAGGCAAAUCUCCUUUGGCAGAGGAAAAUGAAGACAAAAUAUUUGAGUCAUCAGCGUCCCCUGCCAAUAGAGGAUUCACCCUGUAAUGCUUUUCUACCAAAUGUUAGUCUUUCCCCCCUCUCUUACUUGAUUGCUUCAAAUGAAAAAAGGAACUAUGUAAUGCAUUUAUAAACCUUGAUGUAAAGAGCAUAUACUAUGGAACAAUACCUAUUAGAAUCAUGAAUCAGAAAACUUCGUAUACAAUACAAUACAAAAGCAAAGUAUUUACACAGUACUGAAAAAAGGGCUGGUAAAUGAGAAAAAAGAAGAGAUGUUAAAGUCCGAAUCAGAAGCAUGAGGACCGCAUGAAGGGGUUGGUCUUUGGAUUAUACUAGACACAUAUGCUCUAUGAAACAUAGGAUAUGCCACAGAAUAUGACUUCUAUAUGCAUUCGUUACCGACACUUUCAUCAACUAUAUGUACACUUUGCUAGUCCAGUUUACAUAACUCAGAUGUAGCUGUGUAAGAUUUUAAAAACUAUUGAAGAUGCAUGUUUGUGAAGAAAGAGGAAUCAUCAGACAUCAAUGUAUAGCUGGAUUACUGGGCGAAUACUCCUAUGGCAGAUGGUUUUGGCAUUGCUUGAGUUGCAAGCAAAAUGCUUCUCUGCCAAAGGAGAUUUGCCCCGCAAUUCAUCCCAUGCAAAACAGUAUAUCUCUCCAAUAUUUGUAGGCAAGUUGUUUUAUUUUAUUAGUUAUCGGUGUUUAUUAAUCAGUCUCCGGAUCUUAGACUAUCACACGAGGUAUGUAUGUUGGUGACUAUCUCUCAAAACUAUCAUUUAUUCUUUACCUAUCCAUCUAUUAAACUAUUAAUCAGAGUUUGAUCUAAGAACUUGUAUUAUAUUAUCUUCCAAUUUUUCCAUAUAGUCUAGAGUCCGAAUCGAUGAUAAAAAUUACCAGCAAAUAGGAUUAAUAACUGACAAAUCAAUUUGAUGUGUUUUGGUAGUAACCGCUCAUCCUUUUAAAAGCCAAUGAAGCAAAAGGAUAGUGAGCAGAAAAGCCAUGAAGAUGCAGCAAGAUUGUCCACAUGUAUAGUCUUCUCCUCUCGUCCAAUGUAUUGUGUCCUUACUUGCCAAGAUUUCACAUACACUGGCAAGAGAGAACAUCAGAGGUUUACACCGAGAUUUAUCUGUAAAGAUUGGACUUAAUGCUGAAUCUUGUAAAGAUUGGUCAAGUUAACGACCCCCAUAAAUAUCAUUACUAAGCUAAUAACAAUCGAGGAACUGAAUUCACUACCUGUUUGCUCUGAGCUUGAACCAAAGCACAAUGCUUUGUGUGGAUAUGACUUCACGCUUAUAGUUUUGAUAAAAUCAUUUUUUUGGUAAAAUAAAAUUUUCAUCUAACUAUAUGUUGGUAGUAAACAAUAUAAAAUUUUGCCUGAAGCGGAGAUCGCCCAUUAAUGAAAAAAAAAUAUAUAUAUGACACUUCAUUCAAAAUUUUGGACUAUUUGUUUUUGUAUGAUAAGUUAGAAUUGAUUUUAUGCACAUGUAAUAGUGUAAAUGGCGCGCGUGGCGUAUUUGAUAUGCAUGGCAGCAUGGUUCAUGUUCGGUGUACGCAAUAUAUCUGAUCAGACUCGGCUACAAAUCAUUGUGUUUGUGCAGUGACUCAAACAACUUAUUGACCUGCUCUCGAAAGGAUAUCAUUCUUGACCAACGCUAACAUAAUUCUUUAUUACGCGUUAUCUUUUUCUUCUUUUUGCUUCUUACGCAUUCACUAAUUACGAAUUUUGAAUAAUUCUUUUGGAUAAUUUAUUUUAUUUAUUUAUGCAAUACACAACGAUAAGCAUUAUCCAAAAAAAAAUGUGAAUCUUAACGUGGUCUUCACAUCGAUCUUUUGUUCUUCUGUCAUCGGGGUUAUAUUCAUUGGUUUAUGUAUUUUCUUAAUACAAUAAAUAUACGAAACAGGAUAAACCUUCGUCGUGCUUGCAUUUCAGGUUUUUAGCAUAAACAUUUUUAAUAUAUAUAUUAGCAUUAGCUUUUCAGGAAAUAUUACGAGGUAUAUUUUUUUCAAUGAGAGUCGUUUUAUGUACUAGUCUGGACUAAGUUCAAAAAUUUCAUGUGUUAAUUUGCGUUCUUAACCAAGUUGCUUUGGUCUAGUGGUAUAGGAGCUCCAGCUGGAGUGUCCGCCCUGGGUUCGAGCCUUGGCCACUGCGGAAUUCACAUAUGGGCUGCAGCAUCCGAGACCGAAGACCGUUACGCGGUGAGCUACCUGGUGACCUUCGGGUCCAUGCUCGCUUUGGUCUCUAGUCUGGACCACUACGGUGGGCCAGGAUACUCGGUUAUCAAAAAAAAAAAAAAAAAAAAAAAAUUGCGUUCUUGAUGUCCAAAGUUCUAACUAACGCAACUUUUUUUUUUGAACUAUAACUAACGCAACUUAAUGUAAAUUUAUAGUUGUGUUGCUUAGUUUCCAAGUUAAUGCAACCAUGAAGCUCUAAUAGUUGCAUCAAAUGUUGUUGACAAAAAAAAUAAUGCAGUAAACACCGCUGUUGUGUUUUUUUUCUUCUAUAUAUGUUAUCUUCCUAUUUUUUCUUCUGUUCUCGUCCACUAAAAGUAUCUUGGCUUAUCACCAUUAUUAUUUUGCCAUUUAAAACCAUUGCUAAAAGUAAUAUCUGACCAAUUGAUAAUUUUCCAUCCAUCCUCAUGACAAUUUCCGAAUAAAUAUCUGGACAAUAACUAUGCACUAAAAAUAAUCAACUCGAAAUUCUAAAUUAAUAUUAAUUCACACAAUACACAUCAUAUAUGAGAUGAGAUAUUAAGAUAUCACAAUUACUCUUUGGAGUACUUCUGUAGCUUUUGGCUUUUGUCGGCAACGUGAAGACGACGACUUACAGUCAGCACCUGCUCAGCCACACCCACGUGGUUCCCACAAAUAACACCUAAAAUCUUUCUUUAAGAUUACAAUUCUCUCUUGUCACAAACAUCCAAAUUUGUACUGGGGAAAUACAGAUGUGUGACGACAUCCUAACGAUCCAUGAUCUGCUUAUCGACCAGAAUCACACAGGUUUGAUACGUCAACCCUAUUAUCUGUCCCUUAAGAAAUCAGAAUAUGUUAUUGUAAAUUUGACUUUGCAACUUCGCGUAUUGGAUAAACCAUAUUACUUUAAUAUAUGUCUCUAAAAUAAUUUCGAUAAUCCAUCCAACGUGUUCAUCUGCUGGACAAAAAAAAACGGAUUAGGUUAAAACUUCGACAACACUACAGUCUACACCAAUAGUUUAAUAAAAGUAAAUGAGAUAAGACUUUUUCAGAUUAUUAUCAACCAUAAAAUAUAUUUAAAAAAAUAAAAAAUACAGCAAUCUCAACUCGAAAACUGUUAUAAAAUGAAGACGAAAUGGCCAUGUUAACACCAUUACCACCAAGACAAAAUAACCCAACCAUAUCUUAUUUUCGUUCGUUUCUUCGUUUGGUUCAUUUUCCGGUGAAGUGCCAACCGAUGGCUCAAGUUCUAUCUCCACCGGUGCCACUUCUGCCCAUCGCCGGCCAAACGCCGCUGCGAUUGAUCAUGGAGGGCCUUCUCGGCAGAAUCAUUACUAAAGACAUGAAGAAAGAGACCACUCCAGAGAGCCCUAGGAGUCCAAAAACAACACAAGGCUCUAUUCUCAUGGACAAGUACGAGAUAGGAAAGCUUCUCGGCCAAGGAAGCUUCGCUAAAGUCUACUUAGCCCGUAACAUUAACACCGGCGAGAACGUAGCCAUCAAAGUCAUUAACAAAGAGAUGAUCGUGAAAAGCGGAAUGGCCGGUCAUAUAAAACGAGAGAUCUCCAUCCUCCGCCGUGUUCGCCACCCUUACACUGUCCACCUCCUCGAGGUCAUGGCCACUAAGACAAAGAUCUACAUCGUGAUGGAGUACGUCCGAGGCGGAGAGCUUUUCGAAAAAGUCGCCAGAGGCCGGCUUAGAGAAGGAACCGCCCGGAGAUACUUCCAGCAGCUGAUCUCCUCCGUCGCCUUCUGCCACAGCCGCGGCGUUUACCACCGCGACCUCAAGCUAGAGAAUCUUCUCCUGGACGACGAAGGGAACGUUAAGGUCUCUGACUUUGGUCUCAGCGUCGUCUCCGAGCAGCUCAGGCAAGAAAAAAUCUGCCAAACGUUUUGCGGGACGCCGGCUUAUUUGGCUCCCGAGGUUCUGACGAGGAAAGGCUACGACGCGGCCAAAGCUGAUGUCUGGUCUUGUGGAGUGAUCUUGUUUGUGUUGAUGGCUGGUUAUCUACCGUUUGAUGACAAGAACGUUUUGGUUAUGUAUAAAAAGAUAUACAAAGGACUGUUUCGUUGUCCUAAAUGGUUUUCUCCUGAGCUUAAAGGGCUUAUGAACCGGAUUCUAGACACGAAUCCAGAUACUAGAAUCACUAUACCUGAGAUCAUGGAGCAUAGAUGGUUCAAGAAAGGGUUUAAAGAUGUUAAGUUCUACAUCGAAAACGAUAAGUUAUGUAGAGAGGAUGAGAAUGAUGACGAAGACAAUUCUUCGUCAUCAUUGUCAUCUGGCAGAUCAUCUAUAUCUUCAGAGGGUGAUUUAGAGUUUGAUAUCAAAAGAAUUGGUUCAAUGCCUAGACCUGCUAGUCUAAAUGCGUUUGACCUCAUAUCAUUCUCUACCGGGUUUGAUCUUUCCGGUUUGUUUGAAGAAGGAGGACAAGGAGCUAGGUUUGUAUCUGCUGCUCCUGUUGGGAAGAUCAUAUCGAAGUUGGAAGAGAUUGCGAAGGCGGCUGAGUUUACAGUGAGGAAGAAGGAUUGGAGCGUGAGGCUAGAAGGGUGUAGAGAAGGAGCUAAAGGACCGUUGACUAUUAAGGUUGAGAUAUUUGAGUUGACAACGUCGCUUGUGGUGGUUGAAGUGAAGAAGAAAGGAGGGUUUAUAGAAGAGUAUGAAGAGUUUUGCAACAAGGAACUUAGACCACAGCUAGAGAAACUGAUGCAUUACCAAGCAGAUGAAGUUGAAGAGGCAAUGUGUCUACCACAUGAAAGUGAAGAGAGACUAUGUUAAGAAAACGGAUGGCCGAGAGAGAAGACAUAACAAGAGAAGGUAUUACAAUAGAAAAAUUCUUUGUUACUAUACCAUUUAAUUUCAUUUUUAUUGUUCUGAGAUGCUUGUGUAUAUAUAUAUGAAAGUGAGAGUUGUAAUAAGAGUGAUAGGAAGAUCAGAGAAGAAGAAAAAGAAAAGAGUGAGAUCCUAAGGCAGUUAGACGGUUUUUGCUGGCUAUAAGGCUAGUUUUUCGUUGGUUGCUGAUAGAUUUGUGUUGUACAACAGAGACGAGCUUAAUGAAAUUCUUUCUCGGCCUUCCUUUAAAA